UUCUCCAUUUCUGUCUUUCUUUAAGGGGUCUGUAAAAUCCCAGCAGCUGUAUUUAGGUUCCAACCACAGGCUGGUCUGGAUCUGUUUCUGGAAAUCUUCUUGUGGGUCGUUCUAUUAUCAGGCUGAGCUAGGAUGCCCGAGCCUGUAAAGAAAACAGCUUUCACCAAAAAACCAAAGUCCGCUGAUGUUCAGGUGGGAGGUUUUGUCACCUUUGAGGCAGAGACUGAGAAAGCUGAUAUUAAAGUAAAAUGGCAGAAAAAUGGUACUGAUAUCAGCUCCAAUGAAAAGUACAGCAUUAAGUCUGAGGGCAAGAAUCACUCUCUGACCAUCAACAACGCUAGUUCAGAAGAUGAAGUGGUCUAUUCUGUCAUCGCUGGGACCUCAAAAGUCAAGUUUGAGCUAAAAGUAAAAGAAAAAGAAAAAUCUGAGGAUAGCCCAGCUCCACCGGCUCCUGAACCUGCAGCCCCUCCAGCCUCUGACAGCGCUGCACCACCUGCUACUGAAGCGCAUGUAGAAAAGCAGGAACCUCAGUCCUCUAACGCUCCUGAACCUCAACCAGCAGCCCCUCAGGAUGAAGUUGGAUUGUUCAUUGAGAGGCCAGUUGAUGGAGAGGUCACUGUUGGUGAAAAUAUUACAUUUAGAGCCAGAGUGGUCGGUGUCAACCUACUAAAAAAGCCAGUGGUCAAAUGGUUUAAGGGGAAAUGGAUGGACUUAUCCAGCAAAGUGGGGAAACAUCUGCAACUCCAGGAAACUUAUGACCGUAACACUAAGAUUUACACCUAUGAGAUCCAUAUUAUAAAGGCGAAAACCACCUAUGCUGGAGGGUAUAGAUGUGAAGUGUCCACCAAGGACAAAUUUGACAGUUGCAACUUUACCCUGAAUGUCCACGAGGUAACCAAUACUGGAGAUGUUGAUAUUCGUUCAGCUUUUAGGCGAACUGGAGAUGGUGCGGAAGAAGCUGGAGAACUGGACUUCAGUGCGCUGCUAAGAAAGAGAGAUAAUGAGGUAAAGCAGGAAACUGAGCCAGAUGUAGAUGUCUGGGAUAUCCUAAAGAAAGCCCCCCCAUCUGAGUAUGAGAAGAUUGCUUUCCAAUAUGGUAUCACUGACCUGCGUGGACUCCUGAAGAGACUCAAGAAGAUGAAAAAGGAGGAGAAGAAAAGCACAGCCUUCCUAAAGAAGCUGGACCCUGCCUACCAGGUGGACAAGGGCCAGAAAAUGAAGCUGGUGGUUGAGGUGGCCAAUCCAGAUGCUGAGGUGAAAUGGCUGAAGAACGGGCAGGAGAUCCGUGUGAGUGGCAGCAAGUACAUAUUUGAAAAUAUUGGAAACAAGAGAAUCCUGACCAUUAACCACUGCUCCCUGGCAGAUGAUGCUGCCUACACCUGUGUCAUUGGAGAUGAGAAAAGCUUCACAGAGCUUUUUGUUAAAGAGCCCCCAAUUCAGAUCCUCCACCCACUGGAAGAUCAAGUUGUGAUGGUGGGAGAGAGAGUAGAAUUUGAAUGUGAGGUGUCAGAAGAGGGAGCACAAGUGAAAUGGGAGAAAGAUGGAGUUGAACUGACCAGAGAGGAGACCUUUAAGUAUAGGUUCAAGAAGGAUGGUAAAAAGCAUUAUCUUAUCAUCAAUGAAACCACCCUAGAGGACUGUGGGAACUAUGUGGUUAAGACCAAUGGAGGAGAAUCAGUGGCAGAGCUGAUGGUGCAAGAAAAGACGCUUGAGGUUCUCCAAAAUGUUGCCGAUCUCACAGUAAAGGCCAAAGAUCAAGCUGUAUUUAAAUGUGAGGUGUCUGAUGAGACAGUGAAAGGAAUCUGGGUGAAGAAUGGAAAAGAGGUUGUCCCUAAUGAAAGAAUCAAGAUUUCACACAUUGGAAGAAUACACAAACUGACUAUUGAUGACGUGAUAGCAGGAGACGAGGGUGACUACUCCUUCAUACCCAAUGGAUUUGCCUUCAACCUUUCCGCAAAGCUGAACUUCCUGGAGGUGAAGAUUGACUUUGUUCCAAGACAAGAACCCCCUAAGAUUAAGCUGGACUGUAUGUCCCACUCUGCUGACACCAUCAUUGUUGUUGCUGGCAAUAAGCUGCGUUUGGACGUUCCAAUCUCUGGAGAUCCAGCACCUACAGUGAUUUGGAGUAAAGGGGAUAAGCUGAUUUCAGAGUCAGAAGGGAGAGUUCACGUGGAAACACAUCCAGAUCACUGUGUUUUCAUUAUUGAGGGAGCAGAGAAGCAGGAUGAGGGGGCCUACACUGUGGUGGUGAAUAAUGCUGCUGGUGAAGACAAGGCUACCAUUAAUGUGAAGGUCAUUGAGGCUCCUGACCCCCCUGAGUCACCCAAAAUCCUGAACAUUGGAGAGGACUACUGUACUGUACAAUGGGAGCCACCAAAGUAUGAUGGAGGGCAACCAAUUCUGGGGUAGGGUUAUAUCUUAGAGAGGAAGAAGAAAAAGAGCUAUCGUUGGAUGAGACUGAAUUUUGACUUAGUAAAGGAAUUGUCCUACGAAUCAAAGCGGAUGAUUGAGGGUGUGAUAUAUGAAAUGCGUAUUUAUGCAGUUAAUUCUAUCGGCAUGUCCCUCCCUAGCCAGCCUUCACAACCCUUCAUGCCCAUUGCUCCAACAAGUGAGCCCACCCACAUGACCGUUGAAGACGUCAGUGAUACCACCAUUACCUUGAAGUGGAGGCCACCAGAGAGGAUUGGAGCAGGAGGACUUGAUGGAUACAUUGUAGAAUACUGCAAGGAGGGAUCCACUGAGUGGGUUCCAGCCCUCAUGGGUUUGACUGAAAGAACUUCCAUAAUGAUCCGAGACCUGCCCACUGGGGAGAAACUCAGCUUCAGGGUGAAAGCGGUUAAUUUAGCAGGUCCAAGUGAGCCUUGUACCCUUAAAGAGCCAGUAACCAUCCGAGAGAUCAUGCAACGGCCGAAAAUUUGGCUACCAAGAUAUCUCAGACAGAAACUUCUCAAGAGGGUUGGAGAGCAAGUGAACAUCGUUAUCCCAUUCCAGGGGAAGCCACGCCCUAUAGUUACAUGGCUGAAGGAUGGGAGUCCCAUUGACCCAAAACAAGUUGGCAUCCGGAAUAGUGAUGCCGACAGCAUCUUGUUUAUACGUAGUGCAGAGAGAAAUCACUCUGGUGAAUACAAGCUCCAAAUACAGAUUGAGAACUGUGAAGACACAGCCACCAUCAAAAUCCAGAUUGUUGACAAGCCCAGCGCCCCUCAGAAUGUGAAGAUUGUGGAAAUUUGGGGCUUUAAUGUGGCUCUGGAGUGGUCACCUCCUCAGGAUGAUGGGAAUGCAGAAAUAACAGGGUACACAGUCCAGAAAGCAGACAAAAAAACCAUGGAAUGGUUCACAGUCUAUGAACAUUACAGGCGUACUCACUGUGUGGUGUCUGACCUUGUCAUGGGUAAUGAGUACUACUUCAGAGUUUUCAGUGAGAACAUGUGUGGACUGAGUGACAGCCCUGGGAAUUCAAAGACCAGCGCAUACAUUCAGAAAAGCGGUACUUCCUACAAACCCCCCAAUUAUAAGGAGCAUGAGUUUGAUGAGGCCCCCAAGUUUACUCAUCCUCUUGUGAGCCGCUCUGUUGUUGCUGGGUACAAUGCAACCCUCAGCUGUGCUGUACGAGGAUCACCCAAGCCUAAAAUAUUCUGGUACAAAAACAAGAUGGAUCUGUCAGGAGAGGCCCGGUACCGAUCAUUCAGCAAGCAGGGUGUCCUCACACUGGAGCUGCGGAAACCCGGUACUUUUGAUGGUGGAGUUUAUACAUGCAGGGCAGUGAACGAGCACGGAGAGGCAGAGACUGAGUGCCGGCUGGAGGUUCGCGUGCCCCAGUAAAGAUCAUGUUGGAUAAUGGCAGGUGACAACCGGAAUUGGAUAGAAGGGACAGAACUUCAUAAUGUACAAUCAAUAACAAUUAUGGAUCAUUAGAUGAGAAAACAAAACAUCAGUAUCACAUUUUAACAAAAUAUUGCUGACUACAUUGUUUCUUUGUUUUGUGCUGUAUUCACUCACCAACCACAUCACCAGUCACAAUUUGUAGCAUUAUUUUCAGGGAUAAAUACUAUUCAGUACUUUUCUCAGUGACUGGCAGCAUAGUGCUGCCCUGAAAUAUCAUGUUAAAGUGCAAUGAUGAUUUUUGAAUGUGAAAUAAAAAGUCAUAGGGUCAAA